CAGGAUGUCAGCGUUGAACAUGAAAACAAUUAUUUUUCAAAGAAAGCUUGAAAUGUCCAAACUGAACGUGGGAUUUAAUCUGUGGUGGUGCAGGGACGAGGGAACGGACUCACUCAUACACAAAAAGACUCUGAGGCGGACAAAACGAACAGGGCGAUGUGUUCGCAAGUGUGUUAAAUAUGUCCACCCUGUCAGCUGUUGCAACAGGCGUUGCGAUGGAGCGACUUGUGAAUGAGCUAGGCUCUCUGCUGAAGAUGCUGGACCGAGAGACGGUCAGUCCUGCCACUGCUGACAAGAUGGCCUCCGUACGUAACAUCCUGGACUCCAUGUCAGUCAAUGGAUCAGACGUCUACAUGAACAGCUGUCUCUACGGCAACGGCACCAGUUUUGUAGAGUCUCUGUUUGAGGAUUUUGACUGUGAUUUGCACAUGCUCAGUGCAUCUCCAAUGGAGCAGAAAGAGGACAAAGAGGAAGAGGAGAAGACUCAUCCUAAUAAAUCUACGCCGACUGACACGCCCCCUCCUGUGCCAACAACUCCCCUUCCUGAUGACUACUAUGAAGAGGCUGUUCCUCUAGAUCCUGGGUCCACCCCUCAGUACUUCACCACCAACAUGAACAAUUCCAGGAACUCUGUGGAGGAUGCCUACUAUGAAGAUGCGGACAAUAACUACCCCAUCACCAGGAUCAAUGGGCCGCCCAAAAACUCCUACAAUGACUCCGAUGCUCUGAGCAGCUCCUACGAGUCUUACGAAGAAGAAGAGGACGAAGAGGCCAAAGGGCGAGAACAAACUCAGAGAUGGACGGCGGAGGAGAGUACCGAUGGACCAGUCAAGGACUGCCGCAUCUGUGCCUUCCUGCUGCGAAAGAAGCGCUUUGGCCAGUGGGCUAAACAGCUAGUCGUUGUCCGAGACAAUAAACUGCAGUGCUAUAAGAGCAUCAAAGAGAGCACUCCACACACAGAGCUCCCGCUGAAUCUGUGCAACGUCAUCUACGUCCCAAAGGAAGGCCGCAAAAAGAGACACGAGUUGCGCUUCUCGUUGCCUGGAGGCGAAGCUCUGGUCCUGGCUGUUCAGAGUAAAGAGCAGGCCCAGCGGUGGCUCAAGGUGGUGCAAGAUGUUGGCAGCCAAUGUAGCAACACUGAAGGACUGGACAUAUCCACUUCUCCCAUUAUACAAAGGAAGUUGGAGCUUGACAAGGUGCUGCUGUGUGAGCGGCAGGCGUCAGACUCAGACAGCGGGCCAACAGCAGAAAACCAGUCGAUUGCACAGGGAUCAGGACGGGACACAAUUGAUUCACUGAACAGGGGAAAGCGCGGGACGUUCUCCGAGCUAACGGGGUCGAUGAGCCGAGCAGCUGGGAAGAAAAUCAACCGAAUCAUCACUUUCUCCAAACGGAAACCUCCUUUACCGGGAGACCCUCCUUCGUCUUCCGGUCACCAUGACAACCCACGCUGUGGCUUCCUCAGUGUGUGUCUGAGCGGCUCUUGGAAGGAGCGUUGGUGUGUUGUGCGAGAAGGAAGCUUGUACUUGCAGAAGGACCCCGGGGACCAGCGGCCACCGGUCGCCGUGGUACCGCUCAAAGGUGCAGAGGUGGUGACGGGCGGCCUCGGCGCCAAACAUCCCUUCUCCUUCUGCAUCCUGCAGGCAGGCAGCGAACUAGCAUCUUUAGAGGCCAGCUGCUCAGAAGAUCUCGGCCGCUGGCUGGGUGUGUUGUUCGCAGAGACCGGCAGCACCACUCUCCCUGAAGAGCUGCACUAUGACUACAUCGACGUGGACACGCUCACUGACAUCCGGCACGCUGCCAGACACUCUUUCCUGUGGGCCACUACCACUGGUACUUCCUCCAGCAGCGCCUCGACAGACUCCAGAACAUAUGAUGAGGUCUAUGAAAGUGUUGCGGAGGAGGAUGUUGAGAGCAGAGCUGGACAGGUGAGACGUCAUGCCUCCUUCUCCAGCAGGGACUCUGAAAAAACUGAACAACAGGCCGCCAUCAAGAGACACGCCUCCAAUGUAAAUCACUAUGCACGAUAUGGGAAGACGCGUGCAGAAGAGGAUGCCAGGCGGUACCUGACUCAGAAAGAGGAGCUGGAGAAGCAAAAGGAAGAGCUCAGACAUGCUCUGAUUUCCCUCCGCAGGGAGAAGAAGGAGGUGAAGGAGAUGAAGAGUGUUACAGGUCAUGGUGUGGAACAGCGGUUAGCCAAGCUGGAGACGCUGUGUAAACAGAAAGAGGAGGAGAGGGUGGAGCUGGAGCUCAGACUGACAGAGGUCAAAGAAAACCUGAAGAAAUCACUGGCUAGAGGAGCUCUGGGUCCUCCCACUGACACCAAGAUCAGCAUGAAGGCACAGGGCAGUAAGGUGGAAAAGGUUUAUAAUGAGACUGUGCCCAUCAACUCUGCAAGUGAGCUGCGUAAACGCCCGCCGACUCUUUACGCCUCCUCCAAGGGCAACGUCCUGCAGAAGGCAAAGGAGUGGGAGUCAAAGAAGGGGACCUAGAUUGAACAAAAACAGAUCGACAGAUGGAUUCAUGGAGGGAGAAAAACUGAGCUGUGACAGAAGGAUGUGUAGAAGAAGAAGAAACAAAUGAAGAUAACUGACACUGAGAAGGAGGAAGAAGAGGAGAAAGAGGGAAGAGGACACUAACAUAAUCUUCCCUCAUCUUACGAAAAAGAAAAAGAGGAAUCUUUGCAAGUACAGGCAGCAUGGUGCUCAACCACUGUAAAUAUCACUGAUGUACCAGUACAGUAGUAAUGUGGAUCACUAUGAACAUGAAGAUAUAUAUAUAUAAAUGUUUGUGUGAGUUUGCAUGUGUGUUUACAUUUGCACAGGGCUGCAGAAAGUGAAAAUGUGAUUAUUUCAUAGAAAUGCAUCACAAAGGGAGAGUGUGGUUCAUCAACACUGUGAGUUACAGGCAAGACUUCCACUGAUUUUAUUCCUUUUUUACAGGAUACUUGUCAAUGUAAAAUUAAAAAAGUAAAGAAAUGAUUAAUAUUAUUACCUUAAGUUAUCUUUAUUAGUGAGAGAAGUGUCCCACAUCUUGUGAGGUGUAUUUAAACCAGUAGGAAAACAGCAUAUUGAGUAUGACACUGUUCCUGAAACAAAUGUUUAUUAUUGUAAUGUGAAACUAUUGGUUUUUAACCAUUACAUGUGUAUGUUUUUCAUAUUUGCCUUUUGCACUUUAUCUUGUUGUAUUUUGUGAUUACACAAAUGUCUUUGACAAAUUUGCUUUAGCGCCCCACUUCAGAAUCGUGAGGAUAACUGCCCGUGUCUGCUUUCAUCACAGAGAUAUGAACAAACACACAUGUUGGAGUAAAUGAUUACUUUACCAAGA